UCUCCUGCUUCACCUAAACAACUGUAAUGCGUCACCGUAUGUCACGUGGGUGUUGCAUCCCAGAGUUCCCAACGAGGGAGGGAGCCGAAGUAAGGAAAGUUUGUGUGUGUGUAUCCUGUGGUUUAAAAAACUGUGGAACGAGGAACGUAAUCGAGUCAAACUACAGACUGAAAGUCCGUGAAAGGUGUUCACUGGUGUCACGAAAUAUCAGCCGUGCUUCUGGCAUUUUCGUUUACUUUGAAGAGGUUGUUUCUCCCCGAGGAAGGUUUGUAUUGGAAGACCAACGGGCUAUUAAAAUGUUAAAAUGGCUGGUGACUCAAGGACUUCCCCCGGUGGCAAACUGAGCCACGGCUGUUUUAAGAAGGGUAUACUGUUAAUGUUUAUUCCUUGCGAACUCUAGGAAUGCUAUCCCGAAAGAAGAGUAAACACGAAGCCUCCAAGUCUCCGCCAUUCGUACAUGGAAAAUAUGUCAAAAAAGAGACUAAUCCACUUCUGAAUUUGGUGCCUUCUUUUAUCCGACAUGGUCCAACUAUUCCAAGAAGAACAGACAUUUGUCAUUCAGAUGCUGGAUUUUCCUCCUCUUCAGAUGCAGUGGUUUUAAGAAACCAGAGCUUUAUGCGAACUCCAGUUCAGAGACCACAUCAAGAGAUUGGGAAACGGGAAAGCAAUAGACUGUCAGCACCAUCUUAUCCACCAAGAAGUGUUGCAGAUGUUCCACGGGAAUACAGGACAUCUUCCCAGUCAUUUUUGACAGAAACAAAUUCUGUAACAGAAAAUGGAGAUGCUGGCCCUCGCUAUUACUACCCUGAUCCAUAUUAUGAAGGACAGAGGUGGCGACAAGUGACCGAUCGUGUACAGAAUGACUAUCGGUAUUAUGAUCAAAGUAGUGAUCACGUUCAGAGGCUACCACAGGGCCCAGGAAGACAUCCACCAGGCAUUGGGCGCAUUCCUCCAAUCUCGCUGGGAAACUUAGCAAACCCUAAUGCUGAAGAAAUGCCUCUUCCUCCUGGUUGGACUGUGGACUGGACUAUUAGAGGAAGGAAAUAUUACAUUGAUCAUAACACUAAUACAACCCAUUGGAGUCAUCCACUGGAAAGAGAGGGACUUCCCCCCGGUUGGGAAAGAGUUGAAUCUCAAGAAUUUGGAGUUUACUAUGUGGAUCACGUCAACCAACGAGCUCAGUACCGACAUCCUUGUGCACCCAGUGUUCCCAGAUAUGAUCAGCCACCUCCGCCACCACCUCCUGUAACUUACCAGCCUAGGCAAGUGGAGAGAAACCAGACAGUCCUGGUUCCGGCAAAUCCAUACCACACUGCUGAAAUACCUGACUGGCUGCAGGUCUAUGCUAGGGCACCAGUAAAAUAUGAUCAUAUCCUGAAGUGGGAACUCUUUCAGCUUGCAGACUUGGACACUUACCAGGGUAUGUUAAAGCUGCUGUUUAUGAAGGAACUGGAAAGAAUUGUGAAGUCCUAUGAAGCAUACCGGCAGGCUUUACUUACAGAGCUUGAGAACCGUAAGCAAAGACAGCAGUGGUAUGCACAGCAGCACAGCAAGAAUUUUGUGCCAAAUAUGUAAACAAUCCUACCAGAAAGGACUGCACUUGUGUAGACCGUUUUUUAAUUUUUAUCAGUGGACAUGUACCUUGAACAUGAUGAAUAUUCAACUUGGCAGCUCAUGAACUUUUUAAUUGAAGAUAACUACGUCUGUGUCAAUGUCUUCUGCUUUUAUCACCAUAUGUAUUGUAUCUGUGCUUAAUUGUAACAUAUAAUUAAUUUUAAACAUCAUCUUGUAUAAGAGCAAGUGUUCUAGGAAAAUAAUUUUUGUUUCAGUCUGACAAGUUCACUGCAGUUUACCCAACUGAGUGUGGUAGAAGACAGGCCUGUAUGUUGUCGGUCAUCUGAGGCUUAAAUAGUAAUUUAUUUCUGAAUCCAUGCUUCACCAAGUCAUCUCUGCCUGUUAAAGGUAGUAGUUUCAGAAAAAUAAAAUUUUUGUAAAUAGUUUA